UGAAAAGUAGCUUUAUUUCUUCUAUUUAUAUUUAUGUAUUGGUCAAUCUGAUUAAACAAAGAAAUGGAUGCGCAUUUUCAUUUUUCAGAAAUAGGGGUUUCUGUAUCAAAACAAUGUGAAAAAGUCCUUGCUCUUUCAAAUACAUUUUGGUUUGAAAUUUCAGUUCAAAAAGUUGGGCAAUGUGAGGAAGUUGAUCUCCUUGUUGUGGUAAAACUUCAGUUAUAAUGUUUAAUAGCAUCAUUUGUUAUGUGUUAAGGAAAAUUAUCUCAGUUGCACACCACCUGCUCGACGAAAGUCCCUGCAGACUGAAACUAGUUUUUGCAAGUUUUGACUAUUUUGCUGUGAUUAAUGCUGUGUUUAGCCACAGAUGCACAUUGCCCAUUUUAUAUAUUUAUGUACCAAUUUUAUUGUUUUAAUCUGGGCACCUGCAGUCACAGCUCUUCAAGAGCUUUACAAGUCCCUUAACACACCACCACAGCUGACCGGUUGGAGAUUGGAUGGUGGGGAUCCUUGCUAUGAAUCAUGGAAUGGAGUGUCCUGUUUUGGCUCUUCUGUGAUGUACCUUGAGCUUUAUGGUCUAGACCUCUCUGGGUCUAUUACUGCCGCGCUGUAUAAUCUGAAAAAAUUGAAGCAACUGGAUAUUAGUUCCAAUAGCAUUGGUGGUGAACUUCCAUAUGUGUUACCCCCUCAUGCAACUCAUAUAAAUAUGGCACGCAACAAAUUCACUGGAAAUAUCCCCCAGAGUUUAUCUGACAUGAAAUAUCUUGUGUAUUUGAAUCUAAGCCGCAAUUUGUUAUCAGGACCCAUUGGCAAUGUUUUUAAUGGCCUACAAAGGCUAAGGCAAUUGGAUUUGUCUUAUAAUAAUUUUACUGGAGAUGUGUGCAGCUCAUUUGGAUCUCUUACUAAUCUCACUGGAUUGUACUUGCAGAAUAACCAAUUCACUGCAUCAGUUGUUUAUCCAGUAAUGGAUAUGAAAAUCCAAGAAAACUAUGGUGUCGUCCCAAACCAUUUUCAGUCCGUACCAAAUUUGUGGAUCGGGGGUAAUAGUUGUGAAGUAUCGGGGAACAACUGUCCACCCUGGGAUGUUCCUCUGGAAACCAAGGCAAGGGACUCAGAACAAAACACCUAUCUCCCUCCAGCAACUCAGUCAAGCGUUAAGAACUCAGGACACAAGAAUAAGAAGUUUGGAAUAUUCGUCACUAUAAUUGGUUGCAUCGUGGCGGCAGCUGCAGCCAUAGCAUGCAUGGCAGCCCGCCAGGACGCAAACAAUGAACCACCACCUGAGCAGCCCUCUCGGCUUCAAUUUUGUCCCCCGAGGCCACCUGAGAGGCUAGAACUCGAUGGAAGGUUCAUUGCAGGACAGAACUACGAAAUAAUUGUCGCUGGUAAAGCCUAUCAUGCUGAUACAGAAGAAAAAGUAGUGAAGAAAGCAAAGAAAGACCAAGAGCCGGAGGAACCCCCCCCCACAAGUUAAACUUGACACUUUCAUCGACCAUGUUGAUGAAGAUGACUGAGAGAUAUUCAAGCUUAUUGGAUUCUGUCAUCUGUAAGCUCAUCUGUAAUGCCAGCAGCAAACAUUUGUAGCCUAGAAGAAACAAUGACAAAUUCUUAUAUUGGCAUCAUUAAACAGUUGUUUACAGAAUUUCAGUUUCCUAAAUAUGUUGAUUUAGUUUAUAAAAGAAGUAUCAGGAUUAGUUGAUUAGUUUAUAGUGUUGUAUGAACAACAGGUUCA